AUGAAACCCUGCACCAUCCGUGUUCAUUACCAUUUCCGUCUAUACACCAAAUUUACACGUGAACCUUCGAUCUACCUUUCUAUCCUCUACAUAUGCGCAACACCGACUAUUGCUACUACAUAA